AUGCUUGAAACGGGAGGAACAGCUAAAGACGCCAUCGACUACCUGUCAUGGCUCCUCUUCCCGGUCCUAACUGGGAUGGUAUUACAUUACUAUCCCGGCAAACUGGCCAAGAGGAGAGCCGGAGACGCCGAGAACCUGGACCUGGACCGUGAGACGGAAGCCACCCAACCCGUUGCUCAGGGUGUCAAUGCCUCCGGUCCUCUUUCUACGGAUGGAGGGUCGAAGGCCGAGUGUCAACGCUUCAUUGAUUCUGAAACUAUGGAGAGGCCCGAAUUACUGGAUACUUUGAAGGCCAUCAGGACGGCGCUUAACGCCGGUCAACACUUAGGUCCCGUGGCUAGCGCGGUGGCAGCCCCGGAAACUACAGCCGCCGAAGCUGGAGCCUCAACCACUGAGGAUCUGACUCCUGGGGAGGUUAGACCUCCAGACGUUGCAGUCCCAGUGCGUGUCAUUGUUGAGGUUCCAGCUCCACGGGAGGAUAAUAAUAUUGAGCUAUCGGAUAUGCGAGGUAGAAGGCCACGCAAAAUGUAG